AUGGAAAGCCAUGAGGAAGUAUCGAAAGAGCCAGGGAAAAGCAAGUUCGUGACAGCAGGUGGACGGGCAGUUGCAGUGGACUGGCGGCGUCUCAAAGAAGUCGAAGCAUUUUUCGAGUCAUGUGAGACCCAAGCCCAUAGUCUUCCACCCCUUUGCCGAGAUUCUGCUGUCGGCGCAGAUGCUUUGCCAGUCGCCCCAACUGGCUCUAGCAUUGAUGAUCAAUGCAUCAGCAGCGGUGCCCCUGCCAUCGUAGGUCAGGCAGAGAGCGAACCACUGGGUAAGUUCAUGACAGCUGGCGGACGAGCCGUUUCAAUGGACACCGUGCAUCUACAAAAGAUCCAGGCUUUGUUUGAUUCAUGCGAAACUGAGGGCAGUAAAGUUUCGUGUGGUCGAGACCGUUCGGUGGGCACUGCACCACCCACCAUCUGUUUCGCUGACGAUGAUGUUAGCGACCCUGAUGACCCAAGCACGCAGCAUGACACAUCUGCCAUGCUAUGUCGAGCAGGGGGCGAACCAGUUGGCAAGUUCAUGACAGCUGGCGGACGAGUGGUUGCAGUGGAUGCAGGACACGUAAGCAAAGUGCAACGUUUGUUUCAGUCAUCCGAGGCUGAAGCCAUCCAUCUUCUCUCCAACGUUCAAGAUGACCAGGUGGCCGUGCAACAGCCUGUGUUGCAGCUGCCUCGUGCCGAAGAUCAGGGAUGUCAAACUCCCGAUUGCAAGGAUUUGCUCCAGAUUUUGAAUCCACCGAGUCUGACACACACCGAGAGCAGCCUCCACAAUGGCCCUGCGAGCAACGACUCGACAACGCAUGGCCAACACAACCAGAAUGGUGUGUUUGCAUCGUGCGAAUCCGUGGGCAAGUUCGUGGCAAGUGAAGGACGGGCGAAUUCAGCAACUGGACAGCUACAUGAAUCACUCGCUUUGUUUCAGUUACGUGAGCCCCGCAGUCGAGACCACUCGGCUAGCCGUGAUCCUUGGCAGCGGCAUCAGCCAAGCCCAGACAGAAGGGACCACCCUGGGCAUACUGGAGAGGUUUCCGACGCUGAUGACCCACAUGUGCAGCAUGACACAUCUGCCAUGCUAUGUCGAGCAGGGGGCGAACCAGUUGGCAAGUUCAUGACAGCUGGCGGACGAGCGGUUUCAGUGGAUGCAGGACACGUAAGCAAAGUGCAACGUUUGUUUCAGUCAUCCGAGGCUGUGUUGGAGCUGCCUGUUGUUGGGAUAACAAAGCCUCCGCCUCAAACGGCUCCAGAAGGCAGUGAGCAAGCAGUUGGUGGAAAGGCCACAGCCUCACAAGCCUUGUGCAGCCAGAACCCAAGAGUCGAUCGAGAGAAUGCACACAGCGGGAAGCUGGAGCCUGCAAGCACUGCAAGCCUCAGAGAAGAGGCAGAGGCCGAGGCUCAAAGCCCUAUCUGCCGUUCCCGUCGGCCACAAGAUGCGCUUCAUUUCAGUGAGGUUGAUGGAUUUGAUGGGCACUCUGGCAUGGGCAGCAUUGGUAAACGUCUCUUGGCAAACGAUUUGCUGGCUUCUCAUAGGGAAGAUCCUGAAGAACAUGUGCCAGUCACGACGGAUAUCUCUUUGAUUGAUUGGGUGGCCGGCAAGGCUCCUCCCUCGAUUGUCCAGGGUUUUGCAGAGGAAUGCUGUGCAGAGUCCAUUAAGAUCUCAUCCAGGUAUGAGGACAGGUGGUUGCGGAAUCAUUUGGCACAGUUGGCACUCCUGUCACUACGAUCGAUGGCUGCCGUUUCGAGAGACCUCAAGUCGAUAUGCAAGCGUCUAGGCAAGCGAGCCCGAGCAGAGAUUGCUGGGAGAAGGUCUGCAAUUUUCCAGAUUUGCACGGGACUGGCUCCAGCCGAUCAGCACAUGGUAUUGAUGUGCACCGCACCAUGGUCGGCAACUAUGCCAGAGUGGACAAAUGCAGGCUCAGGCAGCGGAAAGCACCAACGCCUUGCCUAUUCACACGAAGACGCUUGGAUCGAGCUGAGCGACGGCUGGUAUUUCAUCAAGGCUAGCGUGGAUGCAGAGUUGCACGAUCGGGUCCGCCGACAUCAGCUUCGCCCGGGAAGGUUGCUCCACGUUUGCAUGGCUAGUGCCGUGGACUUCCCAGUUGAUGGCAGUGACCCAUUACAGCUACCAGAGACUACCAGGCUCCAUUUGCGAGAAUGUGGCUGCCGCCCGGCCUCUGCUAAACGCAACCUUGGUUUCCAGCGUGGAUGGUUUCCGCCAGCCAAGAUCAACCAGCUUCACAGAGGACUGGAGCUGAUUCCGAGCUUGGAUGUGGUUGUGCUACGUAUCCUACCGCCGGUAGUACGCCACUGGAGAAAGGUGCAUGAAGAUAGCUCUUCGUAUUGUCUUGAAGAGAGAAGCAUCUCGCAAGAACAGCGUCUUUGGGAGGAGCAUGUACAGCACGUCGAAAGCAACCAGGUCCCCGAGAUGGACCCUGGCAAGUUGCAGCUCCAGGUCGUUGUAAUAGACACACAAGCACUUUCUCACGCACAUCCUGGCCGUGCUUGGUGGACCUUCGUGGCCUUGCUGGCUAUACCUGGGACACAUUUCAUAGAGCAGGACCUGCUCAAGCCCUUGGACCGUCUGCGCAUGAGCAGCCUGAGGAAGCCUGCGUGCGACACAGCACUUGGUCCUUCUCGAAUCUUUUGCAACAGGAACGCCCGGUUACAGCACCAGCGUGGCGCGGAAUGUUCCGCCAUUGGCCCGUUGCUGCAAUCCCCGUUCGGCAGAGGUCCACCGCUUUUUGCAAGUCCUCAAGUGGCACCAGCUGACCACUUCAGGGGCUUCUUGUGCGACUUGAUUGGCGUGGCGGUUCAGGCAUCGAAGCUGCGCAGAACCACUAGUGGCCGCCAGACCUGCGUCUUGUACCUCCUCACACCUUCGCUGAACAUCUGUCAGAUCUUCGUGCAGCAGCCCUCCAGCAAGUGCGAUGUGAAGCAUGCACCUCGCCUCCUGGAUGUCCAACGAUUCUGGAAUGAGCUUGCCGAAGCGGCCUUUGCUGCUGCACAUCAAGCAAGGUUGCCAACACCUCUGGCCGUACAGAAUGUAGCUUUCGAGCAGUCUCCGAGCAGCGAUGUAGCAUAUUUCAGCGGCAAAGCACUUCAAAUUAUCGUUUCGUCUUCACCUCGUGAUGCGCAGCUGCGGCACAUCCUGGACUUGUCCUUCGUGUCUCCAGCGGAUUUUCUGAGCGCACGCAGCCGUUGCCAAGCAAAUCUGGCCUAG